AUGGAGGCCCCGCCAGACCCCAGGCCCCACGCCUCGGCCGCGGCGCCGCUGCGCGCCCCGGAGGUGGCGCGGCUCCGUGAGGAGCAGGAAAAGGUGGUCACUAACUGCCAAGAGAAAAUCCAGCAUUGGAAGAAGGUAGAUAAUGACUAUAAUGCUCUUCAAGAAAGACUCAGUACGUUGCCUGAUAAGUUGUCUUAUAAUAUCAUGGUACCAUUUGGCCCCUUUGCCUUCAUGCCAGGAAAACUCGUCCAUACUAAUGAAGUCACUGUUUUACUUGGGGACAAUUGGUUUGCAAAAUGUUCAGCAAAGCAGGCUGUUGGCUUGGUUGAGCACCGGAAAGAACAUGUAAGAAAAACGAUAGAUGAUUUAAAAAAAGUGAUGAAAAAUUUUGAAUCCAGAGUUGAAUUCACAGAAGAUUUGCAGAAAAUGAGUGAUGCUGCAGGUGAUAUUGUUGACAUAAGAGAAGAAAUUAAAACUGACUUUGAAUUUAAGGCAAAACAUCGAAUUGCUCAUAAACCUCACUCCAAACCAAAAACUUCAGAUAUUUUUGAAGCAGAAUUUGCAAAUGAUCUAAAAUCCAAGGAUCUGCUUGCUGAUAAGGAACUGUGGGAUCGACUUGAAGAACUAGAGAGACAAGAAGAAUUGCUGGGUGAAAUUGAUAUUGAUAGUAAGCCUGAUACUGUGAUUGCAAAUGGAGAAGAUGUGUCCUCUGAAGAGGAAAAGGAAGAUCAGAACAUAAAUGUGAAUAUGAUGCAUCAAGUAACAGACUCUCUCACCCUCAGCAAUUGUUGUAACAGUCUUACAAAUUCAGAACUCUUCAAUGGUCAAGUGAAUAGUCCAUUGAACUAUUCAGUGAAUGGUUCAAAUUCUUACCACAGUAAUGAAGAUGAUAAUGAUGAUGGUGGUGGUAAUGAAAAUGACCCUGAUACCUUAGGGGUUGAAGAUAAUUCUAUACCAACAAUAUAUUUUUCUCACACUGUCGAACCUAAGAGGGUCCGUAUAAAUACUGGAAAAAAUACCACCUUAAAAUUCAGUGAAAAAAAAGAAGAAGCCAAGCGUAAGCGAAAGAACAGUUCUGGCAGUGGUCAUUCUCCCCAAGAGCUGCCUAUGAUCAGGACCCCUGCUGACAUUUACAGGGUCUUUGUUGAUAUUGUGAAUGGAGAAUAUGUCCCUCGUAAGUCAAUCCUGAAGUCUCGAAGUAGAGAGAACAGUGUUUGCAGUGAUACCAGUGAAAGCAGUGCUGCUGAUUUUGAUGAUAGACGGGGAGUUUUGAGAAGCAUUAGCUGUGAAGAGGCUACUUGUAGUGAUGCUAGUGAGAGCGUUUUAGAAGAGGAUCAACAAGAAAAUCAUCAAAAGAAACCUUUGCCUUUAUCAGUAACACCUGAGGCUUUUUCUGGAACUGUAAUAGAAAAAGAGUUUUUGUCACCCUCCUUAACACCACACCCAGCCAUGGCUCAUCCUGUGCUGCCCACCAUUCCAGAACGAAAAGAAGUUCUGUCAGAAGUAUCAGAAGGAACUACAAAGAGGGUUUCAAAGUUCAAAGCUGCCAGACUGCAGCAGAAAAACUAG